AAGAUUGGAAAAUGCUAAACAGAUUUAGGACUACCUUGUUUUUCAUGGACGGAAUGUAUCACGUGCGUCCCUUCGAGUUUUUUUUUUUUUUUUGUAUUUUUUUUAUUUUAAUAAUUCCAAAUAUGGCAUUAUAAUGGCUUGUGAGUCACUUAAGGACUUGCCACUUGUGUGUUACUUGGUCAAAAUUGAGAUUUUGCAAAAGGGGUUAAAGUUAAGGGGUUAAAAGUGCUAUUAUAAAAGUUAGGGGGCCAAAAUUACAAGUUUGUGAAAGUUAAGUUGUCAAAAGCACAAUUAAGCUUUUUUUUUUAAUAUUGUUAGUAGAUAUAUUAGGUAAAUUGAUUUUGCCUGUAAAAAAAAAAAAUCGAUUCUAUUCUUAUAAAGGGUUGGUCGGUUUCGUUGUUGUGAAUGAGUGGCGAUGGCGGGGUUCUAUCGACGCCUUCUUCCUUCCCCACCUGCCAUCGAUUUUGGUUCCUCUCAAGGCAAGCAACUUUUUCGUGAAGCCAUUCAAAACAGAACCAUGGAAGGCUUUCCCAGGUUGGUUUCAUGUUUCCAAACACAAUCCGAGCUUCGCCUUUGCGGCCUAGCAAGCUUGUCCAUGGUUCUCAAUGCUCUUGGCAUUGAUCCUGGCAGAAAAUGGAAAGGACCUUGGAGAUGGUUUGAUGAGUAUAUGUUGGAAAAUUGCAAACCUCUCGACAAGAUCAAAACCGGAGGCAUCUCAUUUCAGAAUCUUGUAUCUUUGGCUCAUUGCACGGGAGCGAAAGUUGAAGCCUUCCCUGCAAGCCAUACCAGUAUCGAUGAUUUUCGUAAAUAUGUCAUGAAGUGUUCAACUUGUGAUGAUUGUCAUAUAAUCUCAUCAUACCACAGAAAAGCUCUCAAACAAACAGGAGAUGGUCACUAUUCUCCUAUUGGAGGCUAUCAUGCUGAAAAGGACAUGGUGCUUGUUUUGGAUGUUGCACGUUUCAAGUAUCCUCCCUAUUGGAUCCCACUUACGAAUCUUUGGGAAGGCAUGAGUUAUAUUAAUGAAUUUACUAGAAAAUCCAGAGGGUUCAUGCUUAUAUCAAGGCCUCAAAGGGAACCUGACAUGCUUUAUACUCUGAGUUGCAAACAUGAAAGUUGGAAUAGUAAUGCAAAAUUCUUCAUCAAUGACGUUCCUUUUCUAUUAAAAUCAGAGGAUGUGAAAGACAUCUCUAAGGUUAUUUCGAUUAUAGUCACAUCGCUACCAUCUACCUUUGAAGAAUUCAUCAAAUGGGUCGCGGAGAUCAGGAGGCAAGAGGAUGGUGGUUCAAGCUUAAGUGAAGAGGAGAAAGCACAAGUUGUUGUCAAGGAAGAGAUAUUGAAACAGGUGCGGAGGACCGGACUUUUCAAACACGUGGUCUCGUUUUUGUCACAUUCUUGCAGCGGACACACACCAUCUUCAGGUGAUGGAGACACCUUAACAGUGCUUCUAUUGUCCUUACCGUCUACAACAUGGGAUGGUAUCACAGAUGAGAAGCUUUUGAAGGAAAUUCAUGGCCUGGUUUCAAUCGAAAAUCUUCCUACUUUGCUUCAAGAAGAGGUUCUGCAUUUAAGACGUCAGCUACAUAGAUGUCAAGAAGGCAAGGUAGAUGGGGAUCUUGGUCUACCUUUGUCUUAGCAGCUCCUUCAUUUUUGAGGCUGAGUUUGAGAACCAGGGUCUCAUUUUUAAUACACUAGGAUUAUUUAUACACUCACCAAGGAUAAGAACUACUCCAACUUAUUAGAUACGAAACUUUUAUUAGUUAUUUGUCAUAACAUCAAAUAAUUAUUGUUAGAGCAAAAUUUCCUAUCAUUGUCCAAUGGGAUGAAUGACCUUUGCUAACUAUCAUGACCAAACUGUAAUCAAACAUGAUUUUCCCUAA